AAAUGGCCCAUUGGACCCACCGACGGGCGUCAUAGAAUGAUGAAAAUACAUGCAUGUUUUAUAGGCUAAAUGAUUUUGUCCGAAUUUCCCUAUUGUUUUAACGAAUUGAGUAAAUUGUUCUCCAACACCAGGGGAUAGUUGUUCCCCAGCCCCCCCCCCCCCCCCCCAAAAAAAAAAAAAAUUUGAAAAAAAGAUAAUAAAAAAAAAAAAAAUUCGCAAAUGAUAAUAGCGGUCCGCAUUGACUAUGGUCCGAACAGCGGGUCACACUAGUGUCUAUUUCCGCUUCCUUUGUGUUGACUUGAUUCUCUUGGUGAAUAUAGUUUAUUUGUAUAGGCCCCUAGUUUGUUGUAUUCUGCGAUUAGAGACACAAAUCAAGGAUCCAGUAUCAGUGCUAGCUGUAUAGAUACUAGUACUGCAACUUUGAAGGCAUGUCAGAUGUUACUGAGCACAGAGUAAACUCUAGUCUGGAAAACGUCAGCUGAAGACCUGCAUCUGGAAACCAACAUGUCGCUCAGGGUUAAAGGGUGUUUGCAAUGUGAAGUCUGUUCAAAGAGUUGUAAAGGAAAGUCUCUUCUAGAAAAACACAUGCAUGUUCAUACUAGUGAAAGACCUUUCAGGUGUGGAAUGUGCUUAAAGGAUUUCUCAGCCAAGGCUGACAUUAAAAAACACAUGGUGAUUCACACUGGAGAAAAACCUUUCAAAUGUGAAGUGUGCACAAAAUGUUUUACACAGAGUUCCAGCUUAAAGCGGCAUAUGUUAAUUCAUACUGGCGAGAAACCUUUCAAAUGUGAAGUGUGCACAACAUGUUUUGUACACAGUUCCAGCUUAAAGGAGCAUAUGUUGAUUCAUACUGGCGAGAAACCUUUCAAAUGUGAAGUGUGCACAACAUGUUUUGUACACAGUUCCAGCUUAAAAACACAUAUGUUGAUUCAUACUGGGGAGAAACCUUUCAAAUGUGGAAUGUGUACCAAAUCUUUUGCUCAGAAUUCCACCUUAACACAACAUAUGUUGAUUCAUACUAGGGAGAAACCUUUCAAAUGUGAAGUGUGCACAAAAUGUUUCAAGGUUCGUUCCUACUUAAACCUACAUAUGUUGAUUCAUACAGACAAGAAACCUUUCAGAUGUGAGGUCUGUUCCAAAUGUUUUUCACAUAGUUCCAACUUAAAGAGGCAUAUGCCGAUUCAUACUGGUGUGAAACCUUUCAGAUGUGAAGUGUGCACAAAAUGUUUUACAUGCAGUUCCAACUUAAAGCAGCAUAUGUUGAUUCAUACUGGCGAGAAACCUUUCAAAUGUGAAAUGUGCACAACAUUUUUUGCACACAGAUCCAGCUUAAAGAAGCAUAUGUGGAUUCAUACUGGGGAUAAACCUUUCAAAUGUGAAGGAUGCACAAAAUGUUUUACACAGAGUUCCGGCUUAAAGCAGCAUAUAUGGAUUCAUACUGGGGAGAAACCUUUCAAAUGUGAAGUGUGCACAACAUGUUUUACACGGAGUUCCAGCUUAAAGCAGCAUAUGUCGAUUCAUACUGGGGAGAAACCUUUCAAAUGUGAAGUGUGCACAACAUGUUUUGUACACAGUUCCAGCUUAAAGGAGCAUAUUUCCACCUUAAAGAGGCAUAUGCUGAUUCAUACUGGUGUGAAACCUUUCAGAUGUGAAAAACCUUUCAAAUGUGAAAUGUGCGCAACAUUUUUUGCACUCAGAUCCAGCUUAAAGAAGCAUAUGUGGAUUCAUACUGCGGAGAAACCUUUCAAAUGUGAAGUGUGCACAUGUUUUAGAUGGAGUUCCAGCUUAAAGAAGCAUAUGUCGAUUCAUACUGGGGAUAAACCUUUCAAAUGUGAAGUGUGCACAACAUGUUUUGCACAGAGUUCCAGCUUAAGGCGAUAUAUGUCGAUUCAUACUGGUGAGAAACCUCUUAAAUGUGAAGUGUGCACAACAUGUUUUAUAUAAAGUUCCAGCUUAACCUUUAGACUACUGGAUUAAUUUUUAACAAAAACCACAUUGAGU